CUCGUUUCGUAGACCGCCUGCUGAGCUCUGCAGACCUCGACACAGUUUGUAAAGCUCGCGUGGGCAAAAAACUGAAGAAAUGUCUUCAUCUGCUCUUAAACGAGUUAUGGGCACCGCCAACCCAUCUUUUACAACAUCUUUUAGCCGGUACCUUCUUGAAAUGAAGAACUGAAAGAUUAAGAUGUUUUAACAGAUGGGUUGAGAUGUUUAUGUAACAGAUGGGUUAUUGGUACCUCUAAACGAGGAACCGGACAUCCGCGACUUCGUUUUUUCGAACUCAAGUGGCGUCGUAGGGUCGUCAUCGCAAGCAGCCAGUCCAGAGGAACGAGGCCUCUCUGGACAAAGGGCCACGACUCCUCCAGGCGCUGGCAUCAUCACACAGGC